AUGUCACUCAAAGCUAACAUAAUCUCGGAACAACCACCACAUUCACAACAACACUUCUCUCAUCGUUUGAUUGAUUGGCUUCAAUUCCUCACAAGUCAAUACAAAUGCAUGUCUCAUUUAAAUCUCUUCCGAAAUGAUCAUCACUUCACAACUAAUUCUUCUACUCCAAUUUCCUCACAAAAAAUUUGUGAAAUUUAUCAUUCUCAAGACGAAUUCUUUAUGAAUAAUGGAUUAUUAUUUAUUGGAAUUAUGAAUCAUUAUUUUCCGAAACAUGUGAAAAAUCCUGAUUUGGCAAGUGUUAACUUUCAAAAAGAAAUUGAAGUGGUAUGGACUUUGGCACACACUCAGCUCGAAAUGCCAUGUCAUUAUUCUCUAGAAGAAUAUCAUUCAAGUGGCAAAGGAAAUGGUUUGAAUUUUUCUAAAUUAGGAAAACAAAUUGAAGAAUAUUACUUCUUUUUUAAUAAUGAUGAAAAAGAUAAUGUUUCAUCUUUAGGGCAGAAUUAUACAAACUCACAACGAAAGAAUGACUCGAAAAAACAAUGUGUCAUCUCAUCGGCAAGUUCCUUAGUGACUGCACUUGGAAAUCAAUCCGUGUCGACCACAAUUUCUUCGAAACAAAACUCUCCAACCACACAGAAAUUCAAUCCCAAAAUUGAGGACAUCAUUGUCUUGGAAUAUAAUACGCAUCAAGUGGCAGGUAGUACGAAUCCAAUGAAAAUGACUAGUCAUGAAUUUAUUCAAAAUUCAACAACAAAGAAACCUCUUCCAACACUUCCUGUCACAUCAUUUCAAGACAAGACAACGUUGUCAUUAAACAAGACAAAUCCUCAACUAGAAAAAGCAAUCACUCAACUGAUCAGUGAAGAUCAUGAAGAAAAGGAGCAACCAGUUUUCUUUUCAAAAACUGCAUUCGUCGAUAAGGAAGACUCUGAAGUAUAUUACCAAAAAUUCAAAUAUUAG